AUGCGGGGAGUUCUGAGUGUGUGGCUCCUCGGGAGUGUGGCUGUGUCUGAGUGUUGCUACGUGCGUGUGAGAGAGCGAGAGCGAGAGCGAGAGAGCGCCAGCGCGAGAGGAGAGUUAGCUAGGUUAUCCGAGCCGGUCAGUUUUGGGUGGCUGCGCCCGAUCUCUGGGAAGCCGCGGUGGGGAAGGCUGAGCGCUCAGGAGGCCAGACUGCACCGCUGCGGCCGCACUCACAAGGGGGACUCGGAGAAUGGCUCAGGGCGCGGGGCGUACAGCCGCCGCCGCCGCACUGGCCAUGAGACCCCUGUGCCCCCCGGUCGGCGUCACUGCCCCGGGGGCACUCUGCUGAACGGUCAGUCUCCUGCCCCGACAUCCCACGCAGUGGCAGAAAGUUGUGGCGAGUGCUGCGGCGGCGGCUGCUGUUUCCCCCCCCCCCCUUUCGCUUGGCUGACCCGCGGCAGAUCGGCCCGUUCUCGCCUCUCCACCGUCCCUCCCUUUUUUCCUCAAGUCCUGAAGUUGAGUUUGCGAGGCGACACGGCGGCGGCGGCCGCGCUGCUCCCGCUCCUCUGCCUCCCCAUGGAUAUGCACUGCAAAGCAGACCCCUUCUCCGCGAUGCACCCAGGGCACGGGGGUGUCAACCAGCUCGGGGGGGUGUUUGUGAAUGGACGGCCCCUGCCAGAUGUGGUGCGGCAGCGUAUUGUGGAGCUCGCCCACCAGGGAGUCCGGCCUUGUGACAUCUCUCGGCAACUGCGGGUCAGCCACGGCUGUGUCAGCAAGAUUCUGGGCAGGUACUACGAAACGGGCAGCAUCAAACCCGGGGUGAUCGGCGGCUCCAAGCCCAAGGUGGCUACACCCAAAGUAGUGGACAAGAUCGCUGAAUACAAGCGGCAGAACCCGACCAUGUUCGCCUGGGAGAUACGCGACCGACUGUUGGCGGAAGGAAUCUGCGACAACGACACAGUGCCCAGCGUCUCUUCCAUCAACAGGAUCAUCCGGACCAAAGUUCAGCAGCCUUUCCACCCGACCCCAGAUGGGACAGGGACAGGAGUGACAGCUCCUGGACACACCAUAGUUCCCAGCACGGCCUCCCCUCCUGUUUCCAGCGCCUCCAAUGACCCUGUAGGCUCGUACUCCAUCAAUGGGAUCCUGGGGAUUCCUCGCUCCAAUGGUGAGAAGAGGAAACGUGAUGAAGAUGUGCCUGAGGGCUCCGUCCCCAACGGAGACUCCCAGAGUGGCGUGGACAGUUUGCGGAAGCACUUGAGAGCGGAUACCUUCACUCAGCAACAGCUGGAAGCUUUAGAUCGGGUCUUUGAGCGUCCUUCCUACCCCGAUGUUUUCCAGACAUCAGAGCACAUCAAAUCGGAACAGGGGAAUGAGUACUCCCUCCCAGCUCUGACCCCUGGGCUUGAUGAAGUCAAAUCGAGUCUAUCUGCCUCAGCAAAUCCCGACCUGGGGAGCAACGUGUCGGGAACCCAGACGUACCCCGUAGUCACCGGUCGUGACAUGGCGAGUACCACCCUGCCCGGUUAUCCCCCCCAUGUUCCCCCCACUGGCCAGGGAAGCUACCCCACCUCUACCCUGGCAGGAAUGGUGCCUGGAAGUGAGUUCUCAGGCAACCCCUACAGCCACCCUCAGUACACAACCUACAACGAGGCCUGGAGAUUCAGCAACCCGGCCUUACUAAGUUCCCCUUAUUAUUAUAGUGCCACCCCCCGGGGCUCCGCCCCUGCCGCUGCUGCCGCUGCCUAUGACCGCCACUAGUUACCGCGGAGACCACAUCAAGCUUCAGGCCGACAGCUUCGGCCUGCACAUUGUCCCCGUCUGAAGCCCGCCCGCCCGCCGCCGGCCUCUCUCCCGCCGCCGCUCUCGGAGGGGGGUCGGAUCCCCGCCACGCCUCGCGACGGGACGGGACGCUACGCCUCCCAGUGGGCCCCUGUCCUCCCCAUUUCCCUCUUUCCUCCCCCAGUCUUCCUUUAAAUCCGGGACCCGUUGGGACGGGACAGGCUGAGUCUCGGGAGGAUCCCGCAGACCCCGCCUUCCGCCCCUCUCCGGCCUCCGCCUCGCCGCCUUCCGCAGCCGCCUCUGGGUCCGCGGGGAGGGCGGCGAAGGGAUGCGCCCCAGCCUGGCCAGGCGCCCGCCGCCUCCCCUCUCGUGCGCCACCUCGGGCCGGGGCAGGGUCUGGUGGCCUUGGCCAGGGCGUGGGACGCCCAGCCCAGGACGGGUCUGCUAGCCUGGGCCCGGGCCAAGUCGGGCGGGCUGGACAGCCCCACCCGACCCGACCCGGUCGGGCCCGCCCCGGCCCGCGCCUCCCCCGGCCCGCCCCUGCGGGACCAGAAGGAGAGAGCGGCCCGGUGUUAAGCCGCCUCGCCGGGAAGGCUCGGGAAAGAAAAUCCCGAACAAGAGUUAUAAACUAAAGGAAGGAACUACCCACCUGACCCCUCGUGCGCUGGGCUCUCUCCCUCCAUCCCCAGCCCCGGACGUAAGGGGGAACGUGGUGCAGAAUGUCUGCGGAGCCUGAGGCCCGCGAGACUAUCUCUGCCGAUGGGACACAGGGCAACAGGCCCUUGCGGAUAACCCGACUUCAGUCUGGUUCUUUCCUCGUGCCACCAAAACCGCCACACCCUGUACCAUCACUCUGCCCCUGUUGCUGCCUGUCGCUGUUUCCUGCCCCAGCCCCCAGGGGCUUCCCGGAGCCCUGGGACACGCCUGACCCCGCAUCUCAACGCCUCCCCACUCUCUCUCAGCUUUUACAAUCGUGUUCGAUCUCAGCUGGGCCGGAUCACCCUAAGCAAUGGGUCCCAGGCCCGUCCCAGCCCUGUUUCUGGACAUAGCCCCUCAAGUCUGGGGCUGGCCAGGUGGAACAGCCCUGGACCAGCCUGGUCCGCUCCUCCUCCCCCCGCGAAGCCAAGCCGUGGGGUUUGAGGUCCAAACCGGGUCAGCCUAGGGCGAUCCCUGAGCUCCGGCUGCCUGAGAUGGGCCUGGGAGCCAGCAAGACUUCCACUAGCUGUGUCAGUGAGCCUGGGCAGGGACCUCAGAUUCUGCAAUUAUUUAACAUUAUGGUAUUUGCAAAAAAAAAGAAAAAAAAAAAGCCUAUGGCUGCUGCUUUAUAGAAAGACGGUGUGUGUUGCGUGAAGGCGAAUCCUCGUGUAUAUAAACCCUUCCCAUGCCCCUCCCGACCUGGGCCAUCCUGUAUCGUAGUGACUAAAGCCACCCGCUGCCCGCCUGUAGAUAAGCCCUGCUGUCUGUGCUGUGAGAGUCGCCGCUCACUUUGGGGGGGAGGGGGGAGGAGGGAAGAGAUGGGGGGAGGGGGUACACAAGAUACAUACCCAAUAAAGCACAGCACGUGGGGGAAGGGCGCGGGGCAGGGGGGGAUUUUUUUUUAAGUUGCAAAAAAAAAAAAAAAAAGGUUUGAAAGAAAAGAAAUCACUAUGCAAAAUGACUCCUGUGGACUCCUCUCCUGUGGUUGUUCCCUUUUAAACCAUCUCUCUCGGUCCCGUGCUUCCGCCCCGUUUCUCUUUCUGUGUCUCUUUCCUCUAAUACUGGCUUCUCCCUCACCAUCUCCUCCUACCAGGCUUGACUUACCAUCCUUGAGCUCUCAGUCCUGCCUGGCCCCCAGAUAUGCACCCUCCUGUCUUGGGAAACUGAUGGCUUGAGCAGCCCCCCACCCUCCCCCGCUCCGUGCCAGUAACUGUCUUCUAAUUUCUUUUUUCCUCCCUCUAUCCUUCUCCCUCUCCUUUUUCCUCCUUCCCUGCCUCUUUGCUUUCUUCACUCCUCUACACGCUUUCUCUCUCCACUCUGCUUCUCUUCUCUCUUUUUCUUUCCUCUCUCUCCUCUUUCUUCUGGUCCCUUCCCCAGAGCGGCUGUGCCUGCAUGUUUCCUCACCUGUGGAUAGUGACGACUCGAAAUAACAGAAACAAAGUCAAUAAAAAGUGAAAAAAAAAAAUUUUUUUUAACUGAAAGAGUCCGGAGCCCGAGCCUCAGGGGGAGGCUUCCUCCAGCCUAACCCACCUGGCGGGUCUCUGAACUUUCUCCCAGAACUUUACCGAGAAAAGUGAGAAAACACAAUGGUUUUAAUGAACUGUCGGCGCCCCGGGGCGAACCCUGCCCUGAGCCUAGUCAGAACAACUGACUGACAGGGCAGGGACCUGAGCCUGGGAGACUCUGAAAGUCACCCUCAGCCUAGGACUGACCCUUAGCCUCCCUCAGCCUUCCCCAGCUUCCUUCAGCCUCCCUCAGCGCCGGUUCUGUUUGAUUCCUUUUGUGCACAUGAGAAAUAA